AUAGAACUCAAUGUUUUUAAAUCAAUCUUAAUGAACAAACGUAGCAUUAUACAUUAUUUUAAAAAAAAAAAUGAACGAACUCUUUAUGUGUUGUAAGAGAAGUGUUUAUGCAGGUGGUUUAGUUACCCACAUUGCAUUGCUGUCGGUGGAUUCAAUAUGGCAACGGUGACACAUUUGAGAAUUGUUGGCUGUCAAAUCGGCUUGGGAUACGCCUAAAGAUUACUUUACAUAAUAUAUUUAGUGUUUAUGUAAAAAACAAUUUUUUAUUAUGGUUGUUAUUUGAAACGAGAAUAAAACAUGGAAGCUAUUGUAGAAUAUAAUUAUGUAGCAAAGGAACCUGAUGAGUUAACCCUACGAAAAGGGGACAUCAUAAAAGAUAUAAAAGUCAUGCCUGGAGGUUGGUGGGAAGGUACCUUGAAAGAUAAACGCGGAAUGUUUCCUGAUAAUUUUGUCAAGGUUAUUGAUGCUUCAUUAACAAGUGCGACUACUAGUGGAUUAAAAAGUGAGACAGAAGUUAAUACUAUUGGAAAAAAAGAGCAAGUGACAAUGCGAAAUGGGUCAUCAGGAAGUCGGUGGUGCAAAGUUCUAUUCAGUUAUGAACCGUGUAAUGAGGACGAGUUGACGCUCGUACCAAAUGAUAUGAUUGAGUUUUUGGGGGAAGUUGAAGAGGGCUGGUGGAGUGGAAGGAUUGGAGGCCGUAUUGGAGUAUUUCCAUCGAACUUUGUGUCUCCACCAACUCUAGAAGAGCCUAUUAAAUUGAAAGAACGAGAACGUGAUACUAAAAAAGAACUGUGUCGUGUUUUAUUUCCAUACGAGGCAGCUAAUGAAGAUGAAUUAACACUUGUUGAAGGUGAUAUAAUAACCAUACUUUCUCGUGAUGCUCCUGAUAAGGGUUGGUGGAAAGGUGAAUUGAGAGGCAGAAUUGGUUUGUUUCCCGACAAUUUCGUAAAAGUCAUUGUAUCUGAGGAUGAAUCACCUACACUAGAUGAAGCCAAAUCGUCUGGAUUGAAAGAUGCCAAUAAAACAAAUUUAAAAUCAAGUACCACCAAGUCUUCAUAUACUGGUAAAAAAGUAGAAAAAGCUUUUGUUAGAAAAAGUUUAGAUACACGUGUUUCAACACCAGAGAAAAAAUCGGUAGCAACAUCUUCAACAUCACCAAUAACUCCUUCAGUGUCAUCGCUCAUAAUAAAUAGUGAGAAAAAAAUAAGUGUUGGAAGUAGCAAUACUUCAUCAAUUCAAUCAUUGUCGAUGUCAAUGAAUUUAAAAAAAACAACAAAAAAUACGAAUGAUGAGACCAAUGUCGAUAAUACGGAAAAUGUUCAUGGAGCAGUAGAUGAAGAAUUAGAUGGUAUUGAACGAGAGGAGUACACACCAUUAUUGCAUUUAACUGCAACUCGAGUCAAAGCUCCUCGAAGACGUUUACCAUCUAGCCAUUGUAAUCGAAGUCAAAAUAAUUUUAACUCUUAUACCAACGAAACAUUAUUACAGGAAAACAACGUGACAAAUGGAACAACAGACACUGUAGAUCAACCAAGAGACGAAGAAAGUGAAAGUCUUCAUGGAAAGACACGACAAAAAGCCCCUUGGAUUAAAGAGUUAAAAUUAAAUCAAAUGGAAAAAAAGAAAACAUUAUCAGGCGAUAAAUUUGAUAAAUCGGACGUUACUUUGAAAAAAGAAAAGAAUUAUUCACAUGAACAGCUGUCAAAUGUUUCUGAAAUUUAUUCUGAUCAAAAUCAAGAUAACGAUGAGAUAAGAGUAAAAGAAGAGGAUAAAGAUAAUUCUACAUAUCAGCGAAAUAAUUCCAGCUAUUUAACAUGUCCGGUUUCUCCUACUACGUCUCCUGUUGGAAAUGCUUACGUACCCUACCGUCUUUACAAUCAAUUGUUGGAUCGAGUUCGAUUAUUAGAAGAACAACAAUUAAUAUUGCAACGAACAGUAGCCCAACUUAAGGAAAUAGGUCCUUUAUUGGCUAAUUCAUCUGCUGUUAACAAUAAACCUUAAUUUGGAACAACAUUCUACAUCAGAGUAUUAAUUGUACGUAUUGUUUUUAUUAUAUUUUAUUAAUAACCCCGAAAUAAAUGAUUUUUUAUUUGUACAACGAAUCGGUGAAGACUCGCACAUACGCCUCACGGCCAUCGUGAUACCAGUAUUUUCAUUCCUUAAUAUACAAAUUUUUUUGUAUUUUCUAUAUAGAUAAUGAACAAGUAUCUAUUAACAAUUUGUUCGAUUAUUUUAUCUAUCGAACCAUGGCACCAUAAUUAUUGUAGUUUUUACCCAUCUAGCACUCCGUCCACUGAACCCGUUUGAUUUCAAUUGUAAUAAUUCAAUUUAUAUCAAUCAUUGUACUUAGAUGGAAACAACCGUUUAUUGUAUUCAUUGCCGAUUUUUUUUAGAAACAAUCAAAUGAUUAUUGGACACGUAAAAAAUGUUUGAUGACUGAUUAUUUAAAGACAAAUAAUUCCAAAUCAAAGCAAAACUUACAAAAAUAAUUUUUAAAAUUGUAUAGUGCAGACGUAAAAUUAAAUGUGUCAGUUAUUAGUAUGGUGCUAAGGCUUAAAGACAUGAUUUUCUUAAUCACUCGCACAAAAAUUUUUAGAGUAAAUAAUAUAUUAUUUCUGUGCAUUUACAAUCUUUAUAAGGAUUAAUUGUUUUUUUAUUUUUAUAAUAUGUUGUUAUGCAUUUAAUUUUUAUAGUAAAGUAUAAUGAAUCAUUUUUGCAUUUUUAAUAUUUUAUGAGUGAUUAAGUAUUGAUAAAUGCCUGAAAAAAAUGGUGAAUUGAUCAUAUUUUUAUUUUCUUUUACAAAACAUGAGAGUUACCUGAAAUUCCAUAUAUUUGAUAUUUAAUAAUUUUGUAGGCAACAUUCAAUAACAUAUAAACAUUUCCAUAAUGUUCAUUUACAUGAGACAAUGAAUAAUACAUAAUUUAUAACAAUGGUAAAUAGUUAUGUAAUCAUUUUGUAUUUUUAUAUCUUAAUAUAAUCGAUCUUUACGCUCGCUCCAAAUUAUUUAUUAAAGAUCGUUAUAAAUUAUUGAAUUGAACAAGUGAAAUGUUGGCUGCUAAAUUUUAAAUAUAA